AUGAACCAAUACAACUUGAUAUUAGAUGCAUCUGCAUUUGAUAGAGGGCUAGGAAACAUUAAGAGAUGGUGUAACAGUAAUCCAAAGCAGAAAUUCAAGUUGCAAAUCUAUAUACCGACUUUCACAAUCAAUGAAUUGAAUUAUCUAACUAACAAAUUCAAGAGUUUCAAUUCAAAAGAAGCUUUGAAAUUCAUUGAAACCAGUACCAACAAUUUGAAUAAUGACCAAAAUUAUGAUUUGAUAAUUGAAUUUUCAGAAAUAUUGGAUAUUAUUCCAUUUUCAAAAGUCAAUGUUAAUGACAGCAGCAUUGUGAAUAAACUACCGUUAAGAUUGAAGAACUUACUAAAGAGCUGCUAUUAUAAAUGUAAUCUAGAGGAAAGUGAUGUUAAAUGGAUUCUUGUCACAGAAGACCCAAAGAUACAUGAGGCAGCCAAUGAAUGCAAUAUACCAAAUUGCUCAAUAGUGGAUAUCGACAUCCUUUUAUCUAAGGAACUCAAUGAUAAAUCAUUUCGUGAAAGCGAAAAGUUCAAUAACUUGAUGUUAAAGAACUCGAUUGAAAAAGUUACAGAUGAUGGUGAUAAUGUUCUGAUUACAGAUUUCGAUAAGACCGUGUACGCUUCAAGAGGUUCGGGCAAACUAUGGACACCUUAA